AUGUCAUCAUCAUUACAACCAGGAGUACAUAAAACAGCACUUGGAUUUCAAAACAAUUCAGCUCAAACCUAUGUUAAAGGUAGACCAAGUCUUCCAUUAGAGACUAUUGAUUUUAUAAAGAACAAGUUUAAUCUAAAAGAAAAUAAUAUCAUUGUUGAUUUGGCAUCUGUUUUAAAAUUACAACAAAAAGGAACUGGUAAAUUUACAGAAUUAUUAUUUGGGUAUGGCGGAUUUAAUAAUAUUACUUGUGUUGAACCAAGUGCUGAUUUUAGAGAUGCUUGUUCACAAAUAUUACAAUCGAUUAUUGAUAAUACAGAGGAUCAAGAUACAAGAGAAAAGAAACAAUUCAAGGUAUUAGAUGGUACAGCUAUAUCGAUACCAUUGGCCGAUAACUCUGUUGAUGCAUUAUUUGCAUCACAAGCAUUCCAUUGGUUUGCCAAUGAUGAUGCCAUCAAAGAGAUGGUACGUGUACUCAAACCAGGUGCACCAUUAAUCUUGGUGUGGUGUGAAGCGGAUCUAAGCAACCCAAUGGUUAAAGCUACCACUGAUAUCUAUCGAGUCAAGUAUGCUAAUCUCGACGACCCAAAUCCACAAUUCCGGUCGUAUGAAUGGAUUAAGGUAUUUGAGCAACCAAGUGAACAAACAAAGUCACUCAUCAAUCUACCAUUGGGUAGUGACAAGACAUUCAAGAUGAACCAUCAUCUUACCAGAGACACUCUUCUAGCACGUAUCUAUUCUAUCUCUUUUAUAUCUCUACUGUCAGAUGACCGCAAACAAGAAUUGAAAAAAGAUAUUCUAAAUGUCAUUGACACUUUAAAAGAUUACAAAGAUAAAGAAUCAUUUGAUUGUCCUUAUCGUGUUGAAAUUUAUUUUACUACUAAAAAGUAA